AGCUCCGGUGGAAGUGACUGUUUUGUGUCUGAUGUUUGUGGAGCUUCCUGAUUGAGCUGCUGCUGCACAAACACACGCAGACCUAUGUAGACAUACGUGUUUUAUUUUAUCGGUGUCAUUAGAGAGCAAAGCUGAGUUCUCUCUAGAGCUCCAGCAGCAAAUAUGUUUGCUUAAGUUGUCCGGCUUCCACUUAGUUUUAAGUAUUUUUUUUUGUUUUUUUCCACCAGCGUUUUAUUCUCCAUAGAGCUUUUUUUAUUUUUAGCUUUCAGGUUUUGAGGUCAGAGAGCCAUGAAGGAGGAGAUCGCCGCCGCCGUGUUCUUCGUGGCUCGACUGGUGAAGAGAUAUGGAUGUCUGGACAACGAGGGCAGGGACCGCUUCGCGGCCGCCCUCACCUGCGUUCUGUUCGAGAACUACAAGAACCACUGGCACCCCAACGCACCCACCAAGGGUCAGGCCUACAGGUGUCUCCGUGUGAACCGCAUGCAGCUGCGGGACCCGGUGCUUCAGCAGGCCUGCAGUCGGAGCCCGGUGCGCUACGAGGAUCUGGGCCUCCCCCAGGAGAUGACAGUGUGGGUCGACCCUGGAGAGGUGUCCUGCAGGUACGGGGAGCGGAGCACGCCGUUCUGCGUCUCGAUCGUGGACGGCUCCCGCCGUCCGGAUCGGGAAUUUUCCCGCCGAAUUCACGACGCCGUUGAGCGGGCGAGCCGCGACGUCCCGUCCGGAAGCUCCUCGGACGAGGACGACUACAACGAGGAGGAGGAGGAGGAGGAGGAGGCGGCGGCGGAGGACCGGGGCGGAGACAAAAGCGCGAGCAGCUGCAACCUCUCGGCCGCCUGUCCCGCCUCGGUCGCCCCCGGCCCAAACCCGGAGCCCAAAACCAUCCCAACGGUCAGCAACCCCAACAGCGUCUACCGGUUCAGCGAGUUUUCUCCGGGCGCCCCUCAGACCUGGCUGAGGGAGAAGAGGAAGGCCUUUGCGGUGGACGCGUUCCCCCCUCACCCUCACCCUUACCCUCACCACCCUCCUCCUCCUCCCCCAGCCGCGGGGCCGCCCCCCCAGUUCGGCGGCCAGAAGGGCUUCAAGUCCUACAGAGCCACGUUCACCUUCGCCGGGCCUCGCGUUGACAAGUACCACUGGGUCAGCAAAUCCCGAUGACCGGGGGGGGAGAAAAAAAGGAUUACGGACAAUCUACUUUAAAGGAUAAAGCGUUUAUGUGUAUGAUUUGUAAAAUGUUUAUGAUGUAAAGUAAUGCUGUUUAAGCAUGUUUUUAAAACUUCCAAAUAUUCAUGUAAUUUUAAAUGAUCUCUUCUGUGUUUUUGUUUUUUUAUAACUAAUAUUGGUUGUAGUGUGAAUAAAGUAACAUUGAACUGUCAUUGAAAAGAAAUAAAUGCGUAUUGUCAGCUUUGGUGGUUGUUCUAAAAUUGUUCU